AUUAAACACCUCGGACUUACACUAUGACACAGUGUACCACGAAUCUAUGAUUACGAGAGAUUUCCUGUUUUUUCAUUCAGCAGCAAAAGAGGCUUUUUAGAGAGAGAGAGAAAGAGGUAGAUUAUGGCGUGUAGUAGGCUGAUGUGGGCAACAAGGGCUGCUUCAUAUCUGAGGAUCUCUGUACCAUUCACACUCAGGGUCAGGGGCUUCUCUUCUGUUUUGAAAGAUUUAAAGUAUGCUGAUUCUCAUGAGUGGGUGAAAGUUGAUGGAAUUUCAGCUACCAUAGGCAUAACAGACCAUGCUCAGGAUCACUUAGGUGAUGUUGUUUAUGUUGAAUUGCCUGAAGCUGGGGCCUCUGUCUCACAAGGCAGCAGUUUUGGUGCUGUUGAGAGUGUGAAAGCAACCAGUGAUGUUUACUCUCCUGUUUCAGGCAAAGUAAUUGAAGUCAAUGAAAAGCUCAACAGCUCUCCAGGCUUGAUCAAUGCGAGCCCAUAUGAAAAUGGAUGGAUUAUAAAGGUAGAAAUGAGUGAUAAGGAUGAGACUAACAAAUUGAUGGGCUCAGAUCAGUAUUCCAAGUUUUGUGAAGAAGAAGAUGCAAAGCAUUAGGUGACACUAAGUUAAACUUUACCGGAUAGAAGAUGAUUCUCUAAGACUCUUUUAAGUGCUCAAUUCUCAUUUCAUUUUACUUUGAAAAUAAAAUGUUUCGGCUUUACUUUCUUGUUCUUCUCUAGUAUCAUGGACAGCUUUGUCCUCAUCUUCCUUUUUCUCAUUUAGUGUUGAAAGCGGAAAUGUUGAUUAGCUGUUUCCUCUAAGGCAUAUUAAGUACUAAUUUCUGAGUUUAAUUUGGUCCAUACUCUCCAAA